AUGGAUCAUAAUAAAGGCAAUCAGCUUCAAAAAGAACCUACUGAGAAGGUCCCCAUAGUGACAACCGAUGCGACCAAAGAGGAGAUCAGAAGAACUGUUCUUCGAGGAAUCAAGAAAUCUGUGGAAGGCCUUGAUUUCACACUGUUUCCAUAUCAUUUGUUAAGAGAGAUAGAUACAUAUGUUGAACCAGAACAAAAAGUAAAUGACGAAGGAGAAUAUUCAUAUUUCGCAAAGAAUGAUACCUACAUGGAAGAAGAUAUACCCAUAUGGUUUGAACACAAACAUGACUAUUGCUCCGGUUGCUUUGUUGUGUAUGGAACGGGAGCGCAGGUGAUUAGUCUGAAGGAUGUCACUAUUGUUCCUAAUCUUGGUCAUGGUAAGAAAGGUGGUGAAGAUAUAGAAGACGUCAUAAAUCAGAAAGAGGACGAAGAAGUGAUUACAAUAGAGCAAGGUUAUUUCGUUGUAGAUACACAGAAGAGCGUGUCAGUCACAGAAAAUCUAGCCGGUGAUUUGAAUAAAUUUUACAAAGGAAUGCUUACGAAGGAUUCAACGUUUGUGCCAUACCAUCAACGAAAAAGGCCUGACAUGACCGGCAUUAUAAUUGUUAGACACGAAUACGCAAACUUCUACCACACGACGAUGACCUGGUACGACAUAUUUCUUGUAAUGGUUUUGUUUAAGAUAACCCCUUAUCAAGUGGAAGUGCUUUGGUUGGAUGCACACCCGAGUUCUAAAAUCGACGAUGCCUGGGAGAUUUUGUUCGGUCGACCGGUAAGGGCUGGGGGUCUUACACACAUGAUCAAGUACAGCAACAUGAUAUGGACAGGCUUUGGUCCAAAAGGUCAGAUCAAUCAGCACAAGUCUGACUUUCUACCUUUCGGAGAAGCCUACCGCCAUUUCGUCUUAACGCGGUUUGAGAUCAACGACGAAUAUGUUAUGAAUUGCAAACAAAUACGAAUUACAAUCAUAUGGCGACGAAACCACGUCUCCCAUCCGCGCAAUCCAGGCGGCCAUGUGGCCAGAAAAAUUGCCAAUGAAGAAGAGGUUUGGAAAGCAGCCAAAGAAGCGGACCCGAUGGCGAUUGUGAAUGGCGUUCAGUUGGACAGACUUGGUAUGGAUGAGCAGUUGGAACUCAUAUCACGGACUGAUAUACUCAUCGGUAUGCACGGAGCGGGACUGACGCAUAUUCUGUAUUUACCAAAGACAGCAGGGGUAAUAGAAUUCUUCCCUUCCUACAUGUCGCCAGGAAAUUCACAUUUUCGUGCCAUGGCCCGGUGGAGACGUAUCAAGUACAUUGUGUGGCAAAACACAGACGAAAGCCGGGAACGCAAGGAUCAUUCAACUACUAUCCCUAUUACCGUCGUUAAGGGGACUAUUCGUACCAUGAAAGAGCAUAUAUGCAAUUAA